GCUUCUGUAUCCGUCACGUCUCCUGUUACUGUUCCAUCACAUCAUAUCGCGUGGUUAUUCGGCGUGCUUUUAACCUAAGCUCAAUGACAGAUGUGUGAAAUGUCAGUUAUGCGUUGUCUUGCGGAAAACAAAUGGAUUCAGAAACGAAGCCGUACAGGUCUCUGCCACCACUAGUCGAAGGUAAAAUUCACGGUAAUUUGCGGCUCGUUAUUGACCAAGUUCUUUGGCUCAGAAAUCCCGGAGAUGUCACGGUUGUGGCUUCCUGGUGGGGCGAACACGACAGUGCUCAGUUCAGGCCAAUAGAUAACAUUACAGAUACAGUGAGAACAGAUGAGGAUACAACUAAAAUAUAUGCUAUAAAAACUAACACAACGCUUUUUGAAGAUUAUCUUAAAAACUGUGGAACAAUAGAAUUAGUAAUUAUCGCGGAAAAGACUCGCGAGAUUAUUGGAACGGCGCGUGUAGGAGACUUGUCUAAGAUAUUUACAUGUAAAUAUUAUACUCAGUUUGUUCCAAUAUUAAGUAAUAAUGGCGAUAGAAUAGGGAAAAUACGUGUUUCUUUGCAAUUAACAUAUUUAACAAAGCUUCCAAAUAUGCAAUUGAAAACAUGCAAAUACAAUAAACAAGAGAGAAAUGAUGUUUUAGCAUCAGUUGUUGAUAAUUUACAAUAUAACGAAGAAAUACCAGUGACAUCCUAUAAGGAUGCUGAUAUAAAAAAAAAACAUUUUACAAACUCUACAAACAAUGAUACAUAUGAUGUGUAUAGAUCUGUCCUGAAGACUAAACGACAAGAUUUUCAAGAAUCAAAAAAGAAAUUUAAUGAAAUGAUAACAGAUAAAUUAGUUGCUCAAAUUGUUGCUAGAGCACAAAGACUUAGAGGAGCAAUAUUAAAAGAGACGUACAAUGAUGAUUCUUUAGCUCUUAGCGAUAAUUCAAUGAGCAAUGGUUUAUAUGCUUCAGCAGAAAAUGAAGCAAAACUUUAUGAAUAUAUUUUGGGGACUGAAAUGACUUCUUCAGAAGAGAAGAAAGCUUUGAACACAUUGAGAUCAAUAUCUCCAACUCCAAGUUUGAUAGAUUUAGCUUCUGAAACAAUUACAGCAAGUAAAAAAGAUAAUAUAAGCAUUAGACAGAAUGAAAAUUCCCUUGUAAAAUCAAACAGUCUUGUAGAAGAUGUAUUACAUGAAGAGAUAACUGAUGAAAGUGAGAUGAAAGGAACACCUCCUCUGGAUCAUGUCAAUAGUAUAAGAAUUUUUAUUGAAUCCUUUACACUGAGUCCUGCAGGAUACAGACGUGCAAAAUCUACAUGCUUGCAACAUGGUGUACCAUUGUCACUGACAUAUUUUAUUCAAUAUGAUACAACAUUUGGAUGUACAAAACAAACAAAUAUAAAAUCUAAUAAAGAAAUUAAAUUUGUAAGAACAUGUGCUAAAAAACAAGUCGGUCAAGUUAUUGACUUCAACUCUGAAAAUAUACAUAGUAUACAGAGACACAUCAUAAGGAAAAAUUUUCCUUUGAAAUUCAAAGUUUUUGUUCGACAUCUUAAUCAAAAAUUCCCAAUUGAGUUAGGAUUUGGUUCCAUGAAUAUCAAUGACAUUGCAAAUACUGUAAAUUUAAGCAGUACUCAGCGUAUUGGUAUUAUUAAUAAAGGUAUCAAAAUAGGUGAUUUAAAGGUCACAGCAGAAUUAGGCUGUGAUUUUUUCUUUGGGAAAGAAUUUGUUGAUACUAUAAUGUCUGCAAAAGAAAAUAUCCCUGUUUUGGAAAUACAAUCUUUAAGUUCGAAUGGUAAUAAAUACAAAAAUGCAACAGGAACUCACUCUUCCAAAUCUAGUAGCAAAGUCUCGUCCGUCUCUGCCAAACGAAUUGAAUGUUUAACUAGUAAUAAUAAUAAGGACUUGAUUGCUACAAGAGGUAUAGCAGAGCACCGAGAACGAAGCUCGGAUAAUAAAAAAAUUGAUACAAAUAAUCCAGAAAGUGGUGCUAAAGAUAAGGUUUUACUUCACGGCUUGAUAUAUAUAGCCGAGGGUAAAAAUUUAUCAGAACCUAAUACUUAUUUGAUAUGUAGAGCAUUUUGGCGAGAGGACAAAGCAACAAGUCAAAUCUGUAGUAAUACGAAAAAUCCAUUCUAUCAUUUCUUUCAACUGGUACCAUUAAUUCAUAGUAUAGAAUUAUUGGAGAGAAUCAGAGAUAAUUAUAUAAUCAUAGAAGUGUACAGUCGACAAAACAGUGAGGCAGAUAAUCUAUUAGGAAUAGCAAAACUACCUGUACAUCAACUGUAUAUUGCAUAUAGAGAUCCACUUGUUUUACCUCACUUGCUAUUGUCAAAGUAUCCUGUAAUAAGUGUAGAUGGUUGGGUCAAUAUUAACAAUCCAGUAAGCGGAGAAUCUUGCGGAGAAUUACUUGCACUGGUUGCGCUUGGCACUGCAGAGCAAAUUGCAUUACUAGAAGUGUCAAGAGGUUUAAGAAGUACUAGUAUACCACGAACAGUUUAUCACUGUCAUGUUCUUGAUAAUAUAAGCAAUGCAACAAAUAUUUAUCAAGAUAAUUUACCAUGUAAUGUUCCUGAGAUGUUAAAUCUCAAUUCACGGAAAGUUACAUGCGAUAAUCAUUUCGCUUAUCACGUUCAUAGUACGACUGAUCGAGAUUCAGCAUCCGCCGAUUAUAAGAGUCAAGAAAGUCAAACAGAUAUCUCGAGCUUUCAAGAUGCAAAACCGGAGAAAUCAGUGGAAGAAGUUGAACUUUCAGAACACUUGGCUUUACAUACUUUAGUCGACCGUUUAACGAAUGCGUUACACAUUAAUAAAAUCAGCACUGACCAAUCGGCGCAAACUGAGAUGAAUCAAGCAGAUGAUAGAGAAAUGAAUGAUAAAGAGUUACAUUUAAAUACGUUAAAUAGCAAUAGUCUCACUGACAAUAGUGAUAAUAGUUGUAGUCCGAGAAAUGAUUUUCAAUUACCUACGGAAAUGUAUAGAAGCGUUGGCGUUGGAGCAGAAUACGACGAAGAAUUAGAUCGACAGCAAAAUAACGCUUAUGAUAAUCUUUCAAAUUCAUCCGUGAUGAAAGAAAAUCCUGAAAAAGAAGAAGUAAAUAUUGAUUGCAAUGACUCUUUCUUCCGAUCUGUCGUGGAAAUUGAAUGCGCGCUACAUUUGCCGAAGAUAAAAGGACUAAAUGAAUUUGUAGAACCGAGUACAUACGUGACUUUUCAGGAUUUAACUCAUAAACUUAAUUCUAGUAGCCAAUUGAAUUCAUAUAUGGCGACGAAUGUUUUUUCACACAGCUGCAAUCCAAAAUGGAAUUGGAAAUGCGAUUCAAAACUGCCAAUGGACCUACUUUUAAAUAAUCAGAAAAGAUUGAUCUUCAAAAUAUGGUAUUUAAUCGAUCCAAACACGUCGACAGAAAUAAAUUUAAGAAAGGAUAUUGUGAUUGGUUUUUCCGCUGUCGAUCUCUCCGUUUUGAUGGCUGGAUUUCCCACGGUAUCCGGAUGGUUUCACAUUAUAGAUUUUACCGGAAAAUGCAACGGACAAAUUAAAAUAACUAUAACACCUCUGGAUAGUUUACCUUCAGGAAAAUUUGCACCAAUUGACGCCAAUCUGCCAAAAUGUAGUAAUUUAUCGCAAACAAACUGGUUGCAUCUGUAUAAUAAUACACCUUGCAAUGAUACAGCAGAGUCUGAUAAUACGUAUCAAAUGUUAUCAAGCCACUCGUGCACAAGCAAUGGGAAAAGCAGAUAUACACAAAGUGAUCGUAAGAAUGAAUUUGUAGUAGAAAUUGGUCAUGGUCUGGAAGAUGUUUCUAUGUCUUUUCUCUCAUCGUCUUUGAAGCAAAAGUUGACUGAACUAGACGAGAUUACAAAACGUUUGCAAUCACGUUUAAGUGAUGUCACAAAUACGGCUUUCGAAGAUGAUUUUGAUAAUGAUUUCGAUAUGAUCGAACCAAAUAGUGACAAUGAAAAUACCGAUGAUAAAAAUGUCGAGAGUACACCGCAAAACACAGAUUUCAAGUAUUCUGCUAAUAGCGCGUCACAAAUGCCGAAACAGAAUAAUAUACAAAAUGAUCGAAAUUUCGUGAAUGACGAGGCACAGACAUCCGCUAUAAGCAGUAAUCAUAAUUCACAUUUCGAGUCAAGUUCCGAUCAAGUUCGAGCUAUAAAUUCGGAUGCAACUGAUACCGGGUAUUGCACCGAUUCCAAUGCACGCUUCGCACAUCUCGGUUAUUAUCACAAUCAGUAUCAAAAUCGAUGCGGAUCGUCGACUCGUAAUUAUUUAUCAAGCGGCACAGAGUAUCCGGCACGAGGUACCAAAACGCAUAUAAAUCAUCUACUCGAUAAGCUUUCCUUGGAUUUGCCACCCAGGCCGCCUUCGGCAGCGGCCGUACCUAUGAGGAGAGAUAUUCUCGAACUGUUUGCGAGUUUACGAGAACACAGAAAUAAUUCACAAGACAAGAACAAGAACAAUCGUGGUAUAGAUACUUGUUCAGUGCCCACUCAGACGGAUGACUUGGGCGAAUCGCACGCUUACAUUCACGCGACGAAUUUAGUCACAAUCGAUGGCGAAAGCUUUUCCAAACCGUCUCAAAUAUUGGAAUCGCAACCUCGUAAUAGAAUAUCGACAGUAAUACGUGAAGAAUUAGUUGCGGAAGAAAAUAACGAAAACUCCAAUUGUGAUGAACUAACGACAUAUCUAAUCACUUCCAAUGUACGUCAUAUGGACUUGGAUAAUAUAUUCAAUCCAUUGCUCUAUCAACAUAUGUUGCCAGAUCUACAAACUACGGCUGCUGUAUCACCGGAAGGAGAAGCGGAACAACUGGACAAUCAGUACGCGAGAAGUUUCGGUAUGGCAAUGAUGCGCGAUAGUAGAAUCGAUCGUUCGAUAGAAAACAAAAUGACUCCAUCUCGAAAAAACGACAUGCCAAUAAAAAGUCGAACAAGCGUUUUAGAUUCUGAAGAGAACACGGAAGAGUUUUCCGCUUUGACAGAUUCGGAUGUAUCGGGAAAUAUCGACAAUAGUAUCGAUGUAACCGUCAUUUAUAAAUCCAGCAACAAUGAUCUAAUGUCGAAUAAUAGUACGGAGUCGAUAGUUGAUAUUACGUCAUUCGACAAAUCAUCGGCACAGCAAACCACUAAAACAAGGAAUUACUGCUCCACCGAACUAUCUGUUCCCGGAGUAUCGAGACAAGCGCCCGAAGGUGGCAAUCCCGUGGAAGAAGCUAAGAUAGUUUCGGUAAUGACGAAUCGACAAGACGAUAUCCAGGAUGUGUCAGCAGAUGAUUAAAUACUUGUGUAAGAUACUUUUGUAACUAAACUAGAAUAUAGAAAAAAAAACAAUCUUUGUAUGUGUGUACAGAAUGAACCAAUAACAAUCAACAAUAUCUUCAAAAUUAUAUGUGCCAGUAAAGAAGAAAAAUUUAUCAAAUACAAGUUGCAUUGUACAGGAAAAGCUAUCGUAUGGUGAUGAUAAAUGUUACGGAUGAAAUUACUUAGAAGAGAUUUGAGUCUUCUAUUUUUUUUUAAAUAUAG